UCGUAUGCGCUGUUUGGGUACAAUUUCAGCACCAAAUGCAGCUCCCGGUUCAUCUCAUUUAGCUCCGAGUUCAUCUAAUGCAACUCCUAUUUCUUUGGAGUCAAUCCCAGAAGGAUUGAUGCAAAUGAUAAUUGAUAAAGUAGGGGAGUACGUGCUUGAAAAGGCACGGGCUGAAGCACGAGAUGAAGUUGCUGUUGCCUUAGAGAAUUUCUUUCAAACCAUUGUUGCUGGAGCAAAUAAUGAUCCGAAUAGAUCAUCUGUGAGAGCAGAAGGAAAUGCAAGUACACAGGUUGCUGAUGCAUCGAGCGUCCAUAAGCCAAACGACUCUUCACGUUGACUUGGGAUUUAUUUGAGAUGAUCUUCUAUGGUAUUAGCUAGGUUAGUGAAUUUGGACUACUUAUUAGCCAAUAGUGUAUAUGAGCCGGA